AUGUCCAAUAAACAAACUUAUAUUAAAACCAUUUUAUUAUCACAACGCUUAAAAUACAUGGUAUCACAGCUCAAAUGUCAACAACAAGAAGAAGAAGCUACAUCUCCUACAGAAACAGUGGUUGCAUUUGGACAAGAAGAAAAAGAUAAACCGUUGCCUAGUCCACCGUCCUUAUACAUGAUGUCAUUUGAUUCUGCUAUUGAUAUAGGUCCUGUACGCAAUAAACCUUUACCAGCAAUAACACAUUCCAUCAUCCAUGUUAAAAGGAAAUAUAAUGGCGUAAAAGGGUUAUUGACUCGGUCAUUUCAGAUUCAUGAUAUACUCGUAUCUCGAAAUUAUUCAUUGGCAACAUCAUGCUUUGUGAAACUAUUUGUGUGCAAGGAUAAAAACACAGGACAGAUCAAACAAGUCUUAAAAGUGUCCAUGACAAGUCAUCAUCGGCAUGAUUUAUACGUGAUACCCCAAUGCACAUUUACAUUUCAUCAUGCACAUACUAUGCUAAGUAAAGCACAAAAGGCACGAGACAAUCUAUUACUAUGUGAAGUGACGGAUCGAGAAAUCCAAUCCGCUUUAUUUACAUGGUUAACUUAUCAGCAACUUCCAUCCACCGACUUGGUAACGCAUGUGUUACGAGAAGGAUUAAAGAUCUACGUUGUCUAUAAUAAAUAA